GAAACACAGAGAGCCAAAAUAAGUCACUUCCGGGUGACGCACGCAAUUCUAUUACUCACCACGGUUGAGACGUCCAGCGGGAAAAUAUACUACGUGUCCCAUCAGGCUCUGGAGUUCGCAGUACAUCACUUCCGGGCGACGUAUGCGACUCCAGAGAGAUCUGGAAGUGGAUCAGCACACUGGAUUGAAAUAAUGACAGUAAGGCUGCUUAUAACUAUCUGGAUAGUUUCCCGGCGUAUUGAUACUUCUGAAGAAGCCCAAACCCGGGGGAAACGCGUUAAGUGGGGACUGGAAGCACUUUUUUAA